AGCCCUUUCCCUCUGUCGUGUUCAGUUAGUUUCCUUCUCCUCCAAUAUUCUCGCACUUUCUUCCCAUCCGAACAAAACCUUCAGAUCUAUCGAUUGUUUUCGGUGGCGAGUCUGUUAUUGCCGAGAACAGGGGGUGUGAUUCUAUUGCUCAUGAUGGAUGAAUUUCUGAAAUAUGGUAGGACCUGAACUGAAGCUGUAUCACGUUUCUGUGUUGAAGAUCCACUCCUUAGGCACUUUGAUACCACCGCUUCACUUAAGCAGAUAUCUCUGGAAGUAUUUUGCUGGAGAAGUUUAAAUGGAGAGAGUAUACGAAGAGCUGGAUGAAGUCAAAUUUGAAAAUGAGAAGCUCAAGGCCGAUAUCAAAAACAAGGCUGAGCUUCUUGAGAAUCUAAAGAGAGUCCAAAAUGAACAGCUCAUCAAAAUACAAGAGGCCAAUUCAACAACUGAGAAGCAGAAUCAUGAACUCGAGGAGAAAAAGAUGGAACUUUCUGAGUUGAAGCGAGCAAAUGAGGAUCUGAAACGUUCUUUGAUGGAAAAAGAGUCUAUUCUUAAGCGUGUGAGUGAUGCUAAUGAUAAACUCAGAACUGAGGGGGAAGAUAGGUAUCGGAAAUCUGAAGAGGAGAACAGAAAGCUGAUGUUGACUUUGGAUGAAGCGAAUGAGAAGAACAUCGAUCUAGAACAGAAAAUCAAUGUCUACAGGGCUGAGAUUGAAGGGCUCAAGGGGCAUCUAGCAGCAUCAGAGAAGAAAUUGAUGGAAGCAGAGAAAAAUGCAAAGGCUCCAAAAGAGCUUAGAGAAAGAGAUGAUAUAUUGAUGAAAUUAGAAGAGGAGAAGAGUCGAGUGGAAGAGACUCUAAAAUGGAAGAGAGAGCAGUUCAAACAUCUUGAGGAAGCUCAUAAAAACCUCCAGGAUCAGUUCAACACCAGCAGCAAAGAGUGGGAAAGAGAAAGAACCGCGCUUCUGGAUGAGAUCUCUUCUCUUGAGACAAAACUAGAUUCACAGACUAGAAUCUUAGAGGAUCUUCAGAAGAAAUUGCAGAUGUGCAACAACGCAUUGACCCAAGAAGAGACCCGAAGAAAACGUCUUGAAAUGCAAGUUUCAGAGUUUAAAUCUCGAUAUGAAGAUGCUUUUGCCGAGUGCCAGGAUGCCAGGUCACAACUUGACGAUUUGGCUGCCAAAAGAGACGAGGAAGUGGCAGCUCUGAGGCAUUCUUUGAGCACAAAGGAGGCUUAUUAUAAAGAAACGAACUAUCAGAAUGACAAGUUAGAAAAAGAAAACAGAGAGUUGUUGGUUUCUUUGAAGGAACUCCAGGAAGCUAGCAUUCAGGGAUCUGGAAGUUCUUCACUUUCAAAACUGAAAAACAAGCUCCGGAGUUUAGAACAGAUACACAAGCAAUGUUCGGCUAAUUUAAGAGGUAAAGAAGCUGAAUGGAGCUCUCAACUAGAGAAGAUGACUUGUGAGAUAAAUGUCUAUCAGUUACAGUUGCAAAGCAAGGAAGCUGCCUUGAAAGAGGUCGAGUUGGAACUGGAAUACUGUCAUUCUUCCCUAGUUGAAAUGAAGUUACAGUAUGAAGAGAUUUCAGUUAUGUUUUUAGUGCUAACUGAGACCAUCUAUGAGGCUGGGUCAAGGCUUCCAGAUUUCAAGGGAGAAAAGACUAUUGAUGAGGAAAGAGAAGAGAAGAGGUCAUUGAUACUGAUGAAGCAGCUAGAACAGAAAGAUGUCGUGCUGGCUAAAGCGCGAAGAGAGAUUGAAGAAGAGCGUGAAAAGGCCGCGAGCUUGCUGAUAAAGAUAGAGUUUCUCAAUCUCGUUGAAGAUCAGAAUCUUCAAAUGCAAAAAGAAGUAGCGAGGUGCAAGGAAAUGCUUGAGGAAUCAUCAACAAACCAGACCCGGAUGAAAGAAAAACUCAGGGAAAUUGAAAAUGACUAUGAUGAGAAACUAGGACAAGUUUGUGAUGCAUUGGAUAAUGCAAACUCGGAGCUACUUGAAGAACGAGAGAAGGUGGUGGAACUGACUAGGCAGGUCCAGUCUUUCAACGUUGUCAAAGAGAAGCAGUUGUCAUCCGAGAAAGAAAUUGAGAAGUAUAAGGAGAUGCUACAGGAUUCAGAUAAAAAUCAGGUUCUUUUAGAGGAGCGGAUUUUGCAGCUUGAAUGUGAUUCAAAGGAGAAAAUCAAAGAACUCUGUGGAAAGCUGAACUCUGCAAAUGCUAAGCUGGCAGAAGAGUCAGAGAAGACUGCCUCCAUGAUGAGAGAUAUAGGGUCAAUGCAUGAAUGUGAAGAGCAAAGGCAGAGGGAGCUAGAGAAUUUAAAGGAAAUGCUCGAGGACUCGACCAAGUGUCAACUUCUAUUGAAAGAGAGUAUAGGACAGGCGGAAAGCAACUCCGAAAGGAAACUUGCCGAAGUUUUCAAGGCCUUAGAAGUGGCGAAUUUCGAAUUGACUGAGAAAAUCUCUGAAGCACACGAGCUUGAAUUUGAAUUAUGGGUCUGGAAGUCUAUUGCUGAAAGACUGAAAGCUGAUCUUGAACAAAACCAGAACUUGCGCAAAAGAUUGGAGGCCUCUCUUCUUGAGCAAGUCAAAGUUGGAGAAGCCAUUAAGCAAGAAAGGAACGAGCUUGCUGAUGAACUAAAGGCCGUCAGUUCUGCGAGAUCAAAGACAGACGCUUCUUCUAAGUCGGAGAAAGAAACCCUUCUCCGGAUCAUGAGAGAGAAAAAUGAGAUCGAGGAAGCCCUCCAAAGAGAAGUGGAGAGUUUGGAACAAGAAUCACUCAGAAGGGAACUUGAAGGUGCUGUCUUUGUGCAUAUAACAGCAGAGGGAAAACUGGAGAAUGAGAGAAAGAUUCUCACUGGCCUUGUGGAAAAGAAAGACCAGAAACUACAUGAAGUGGAGCAGGAAUCGAAGCUGAUUUCUUCACUGCUGGAACAGAAGAAAGCCGAAGCUGAUUCCGUUAACAGGGCAUGGGAGAAGAUGGCAGAAUCGAAGAUCAUAGCUGAAGUGGAGAUCGAAGAGAAAAACAUGUUGAUCACGGGACUGGAAGAAGAAAUCUCAAACACAAGAAAGAUACUCGAAAUGUCGGAGAAAUUCGUCUCGUGUUUCAGACAAAAAGCAUCAGAGUUGGAAGCUGAACUGGAAAUGAAGCAGGAUGAGUUGAAAGAAGCGAACAAACAAACGGGAGAAAAGCUAAGAACUUCAGAUGAAAUGGUAGAGAAGCUCAGAGUCGAGAAGACAAACUUACAAGAGGAAGUCUCGAAGCUAUGGAGUUUGGUCGGUGAAUUCGACUGUGAAAUGUGGAAGCUGUCCAGUGAGGACAAGAAGAUGAUGAGAGCCCUCGAGAGCAUAACCCAUCGAUCUUCUGGAACAUGUGAUGGAAAGGAGAAUUCAGUCUCCGCCGCCAUUGUUGCUUCUCCAAGACCAGCAGCGACAAAGCAGGAGACCGCCAUUGAAGAGAGAUCGCCAUUUAGAUUACUCAACUAGCAAUAACUGAAAACAACCCUUUUGUGUUACUUUUUCCACAGACAUUGAUGAUUUGUUGAUGUUGUUCCAAUCCCA